AAACGAAGAAGAAGAAGACUCCCCAGCAUGCAAUUCGGCGCGCGAAUUAGGAUUUUGUUGUGGAGUUAGCAUACAUCCAUGGGAGUUAAUUAUCUUUUAACGCUACAUUGACAUGUUAUCUUAACUAUUUCAUCCUUUAUAAACCUUUGUGUCUUUCUUGGACUCGUUGGUGUGGUGUUGGCAGAUUGUAGCAGGGCUGCUGUUGGCUGAGUUUUGGCAGUGAAUGGAGGAUGAGCAGCCCGAGCCUGAGCAGCAGGACACCCAAACCAGACCUCUUUGAGGAUUUAUGGAGGCAACUCGGAGAGUGCCAUCAAAAUGCACUUCAAGAACUGGAGGAAAAAGUGAACAAGUUGAAAAAGGAGCGCUGUUUAGAUGCACAGAGACUUGAGGUAUUUUACAAGCGCAACCAGCAGCUGAAGGAGCAAAACAAAACCCUGCAGGAUGCCGUCAGUCUCUUUGAGGAAAGGCUCCGAGCAGGAGAGUGUGAUCGAUGUGCCAUCUUAGAGGAGAACUUGAAAAACAGCCAAGAUCAGAACGAGCGCCUCAUCACCAAACUGAAGUAUGAAAGAAAUGGCCUCGAGGAUGAAAACAGAAAACUUCAUGCUGAGCUGCUAAAGUUAAAGAUGACCCGCUCAGGACCCCAGAGGGCCUCAUCCCCAGAACAGGAAGACGGCAUCAUCCCAGACUCACCGAUCCUGCCGAGCUCGCUGCCUGUGGCAAACAAACUGAAGAAACGAAAAAAUCUCGACAAAAGCAAGCACGUUCGCUACGCAGAGAUACCUCUACCACAGUCUAACAACUCACUCUUCAGUGACCUGAAUAAGGAGCCGGUUGAUCCAAAGAAUCCUGGAAGAGCAGAAGUGCUUGUACCCAAUACAUGUGAAUUGGACACAUCCCAGAUUUUAAAAGACGACAUUAUUGAAGAGGCGAUAGCAGAAACCUGUGGCCUAGAACUUCUUAACAAGCCUUACAUGAACACUGAGACAACUGAAGUUCAGCAAAGCAGCUCAACAUCUCCCUGGAAGUGUGAUGUUCGUUUAAAGCCUUACCGCUCCUCCUCCUCUGCAUCCACGCUGAUCCACAGUCCAGACUCGACCACAGUGAGGUCCCCGUCUCUGCUCCCUCGUGCCAAACGCUUCCCAGAAGAGGCCUCCAUUUGCAAAGCCAAACGGAAGAAGGAGGAAGGUGACCCAGAGGUGUGGGAGGAGGACAAACAAGGAAUCCAGGGAAGUAUAGACAAACAGAAGGAAGACCAUUACAUAGAACCUGAACCAGUCAAAAGAACCUCCGCACCUUUAAGCAGUCAAAGCUUCAAGAAGGAGCCAUCUGCCUGCAAGGUUCAGUCAGCACAGAAUGGCACUUUCAGCGAAAGGCCAAACAUUUCCUGUGCAAGUCCUACUUUCAAGAAGCCAAAUGGGAACGUUAGAGAACGAGCGAACCAGAGAAGACACCCGCUGCAGGAUCUGAACAACGUGCAACAUGAUGCAGAAGAUGCUGAAAGAAAGCACAAAGUGGAGCCCAUGUGGAGCAUCGACCCCGCGCUCGCCCUGUCCAUGUACGACAGUGAGUGGAGAGAAGACGAGCAAAAGGAAGAGCAAUACACUCACGGGCAGUUAGUAGAUUCAGACUGCACUUGGGUCAGUCACAGCUUACUCCAGAGUCGGAGAGAAGACAGCCAGGACAGAGAAGAUGGAGGGCUAGGCGAGAAGGCAAAUGACAGUUUGGAACAAAUGUUUGACACCACAGCCUACGGGGAGUACAAAUCUUUCAGCAGUUCACACAUAGGCAAGAGCCAGCCAUGUGAUGAUGAUGAGGAGGAGGAGGAGGAAGAAGAGGAGGAGGACGACAACGAUGAUGCUCCAGGGAGCACUCCAGGUCACAGGAAAGGGCACAAAGCACGACCAACAUAUGCACAUGUGGUGGUAGUUCGCAAGAAAGAUGAGAGAAGGAAACUGAAGGGAACUACCUGCAAGGAAUGUGAAGUUUAUUACGCUCAUCUCCCAGAGGAGGAGAAACAGAAGAAGUUGUCGGAAUGCUCAAGGCACCGGUUUCUUUACAUUCCUCCUUCCACUCCUGAAAACUUCUGGGAAGUCGGUUUCCCAUCAACUCAAACAUGCAUUGAAAGAGGUUAUAUCAAGGAAGAGAAGAAUCCACAGGCGCGUUCCCGGAGAAGACAACCUUUCAAUGCUUUAUUCUCCCCAAAGAAAAACCAGCAGGAGAGCUAAAAAGUAGUUUUUCUCUGUAGGGCUGCUUGAAUCGGCCCAUUUACAGAGAAAAACAUAUGAAGAACAGGCUUUUACUGAGGAGUACAAUGAAGCACUGUUUUAUACAUCGAGGAUGAUUAUGCAUCAUCUUCUUUUCUGUCUAUAUGUACAGAUUUUGUUUUUUGUUGAGUGAGUAUGUUUGGGACAUGCUGAAUAAAUAAAAAAAUAACUACA